AUGGGCUCGACCGCCGACGCCAGAACCAUGAAGGCCGUGCGCUUCCACGGCCAGCGCGACCUGAGGCUGGAGGACAUUCCAGAACCCCCGGUGGGCCAGGGCCAGGUCAAGCUGAAGCCGGCCUGGGUCGGCAUCUGCGGGAGCGAUCUGCACGAAUACAUGGGAGGAGCAAACAUCUGCCCCACCACCCCUCAUCCAAUCACUGGCGAGACCGUCCCCGUCACCUUCGGCCACGAGUUCAGCGCCAUUGUCGAGGAAGUCGGCGAGGGCGUCGUCAACUACAAGCCCGGGGACCGCGUAUGCGUACAGCCUAUCAUUUAUGACGGAGACUGCGGCGCCUGCAAGGACGGCCUGAUCAACUGCUGCUACAAGAAUGGCUUCAUUGGCCUGAGUGGCUGGGGCGGCGGGCUUGCAGAACACAUUGUCACCCCGCAGUCAUGCUUGUACAAGUUGCCUGAAAACGUGUCACUGGAGAUCGGCGCCCUCGUCGAACCGCUGGCCGUGGGCUGGCACGCCGUCAACAUCUCACCAUUCACCCCUACCAGCUCCGUCCUCGUCCUCGGCGGCGGGCCCAUCGGCCUCGCCGUCAUCCAAGCUCUGCGCGCUCGCGGCGCCUCCAACAUCAUCGUCUCCGAGGUCUCGCCCCGCCGCAAGCAGUUCGCCAAGCAGUUCGGCGCCAACCAUGUCCUCGACCCAACCCAGGACGACGUGCCCGCCCGCUGCCGCGAGCUCUGCGACAACCAGGGCGUGCACAUCGUGUACGAUUGCGCCGGUGUUCAGGCUGGCUUGGACGCCGCCGUCCAGGCGGUACGUGCUCGGGGUACCAUCGUGAACAUUGCCAUCUGGGAGAAGCGCUGCACGAUUUUCCCCAACGACUUUUGCUUCAAGGAGAGGUCGUACAUCGGCGUCGCGACGUAUCAAGCCGGGGACUUCCAGGACGUGCUGGAUGCGAUAAGCGAGGGAAGGCUGAAGCCGGACGAGAUGAUCACGAAGAAGAUCGAGCUGGAUCAAGUGGAGGCGGAGGGAUUCAAGACGUUGAUCGAGGACAAGGAUAAUCAGGUGAAAGUGCUGGUGCGGGCGAACCACGUGGACGGGAUGUGA